GUCUCUGUCCGAGUGCGAAACGGACUGCUGGCGCGAUGAUGGCUGUGUGGCUGGUGCACCUCGGGCAGAAGCUGCUGCUCUGGGGCGCGGUGAGCGCGGCCUCCCUGGCGGGCGCCACCCUAAUCCUGAACCUCCUGCAGAUGCUGGCGAACUAUGUGCAGAAAUGGCUGCAUAUGAGGCCGCUGCCGACCAUCGGGGGCGCCUACCCGUUUGUGGGACACUCGUUGAUCCUGAAGCCGGACCCGAGAGAAUUUUUUCAGCAGCUAAUUUCUUACACUGAAGAAAACCGACACAGGCCAUUGUUUAAACUCUGGCUUGGGCCAGUGCCAGUAGUGGCCAUGUAUAACGCAGAAGUUGUGGAGGUGAUUUUAACAAGUUCAAAGCAUAUUGACAAAUCCUAUAUGUAUAAGUUCCUAGAACCAUGGCUUGGCUUAGGACUUCUUACAAGUACUGGAAACAAAUGGCGCUCCAGGAGAAAAAUGUUAACACCCACUUUCCAUUUUACAAUUCUGGAAGAAUUCUUAGAUGUCAUGAAUGAACAAUCAAACAUAUUGGUUAAUAAGUUAGAAAAACAUGUUAACCAAGAAGUAUUUGACUGUUUUAUGUACAUCGCUCUUUGUGCCUUAGAUAUAAUCUGUGAAACGGCUAUGGGCAAGAAUAUUGGUGCUCAAAGUAAUAAUGAUUCUGAGUAUGUCCGUGCAGUUUAUAGGAUGAGUGAUAUGGUACAUCGAAGAAUGAAGACACCUUGGUUCUGGCUUGACUUUUCAUUCCUUUUAUUUAAAGAAGGAUGGGAACAUAAAAGGACCCUAAAGAUUGUACAUAAUUUUACCAACAAUGUCAUCACUGAACGGGCCAAUGAAAUAAAGAGAAAUGAAAAAUGUAAAGGUGAUGACAAGGGCACUACCUUCAAAAAUAAACGCAAGGCUUUUCUUGACUUGCUUUUGAAUGUGACUGAUGAUGAGGGGAAAAAACUAAGUCAUGAAGAUAUUCGAGAGGAAGUGGACACUUUCAUGUUUGAGGGCCAUGAUACCACCGCCGCUGCAAUAAACUGGACCUUAUAUUUAUUGGGUACUAAUCCAGAAGUCCAGAAAACGCUGGACAAUGAACUGGAUGAAGUGUUUGGGAAGUCUGAUCGUCCUGCUACCUUAGAAGACCUGAAGAAACUUAAAUAUCUGGAAUGUGUUAUUAAGGAGAGCCUUCGUAUUUUUCCUUCUGUUCCUAUCAUUGCCCGUUACCUUAAUCAAAAUUGCGAAAUUGGGGGCUACAGCAUUGUGAAGGGUUCUCAAGCACUCAUUGUGCCCUAUGCGCUGCAUAGGGACCCAAAAUACUUCCCAGAUCCUGAGGAAUUCAAGCCAGAGCGAUUCUUUCCCGAGAAUGUGAAAGGACGCCAUCCAUAUGCAUAUGUGCCCUUCUCUGCUGGACCCAGAAACUGUAUAGGUCAAAGAUUUGCCAUGAUGGAAGAAAAGACCAUUCUUUCCUGCAUCCUGAGGCAUUUUUGGGUAGAAUCCAACCAGAAAAGAGAAGAGCUUGGUCUGUCAGGAGAGCUGAUUCUUCGUCCAACUAAAGGCAUCUGGAUCAAGUUGAAGAGGAGAAAUGCAGAUGAAUCCUAACUGUAUUAUUGGGUUGUGCCCCUAUCAUGAAUAAGGCCUUUCUGUAAGGGAAACUUUGCAUUUACAAUGUACAGAUCAUACAUUAAAUACUCUUAAUCCCUAGACAUAAUUUUUUCUUGUCCUCAUUAACCUUAGGGUCAAGCCAACCAGAGAAAAAGUUUUUAUAUUUUCAUCACCACCACAGUUCUUAAUCCCAAAAGUAGAGCUAACUGAUAUUGGUACCCCAAUAAGCAUAUAACAAGUUUCUCAACAGAGGGAAAUGUCAAUUGACAGACCCAAAGGAUAUAAUUCAGUUGAGGUUACAGAAUUUUUUAAGGUAUUCUUGUUGACUCAGGGCCCUAAAUAUGCAUGUAUACAUAUACAUUUAAUUUGAAAAGGGUAAUUAAGCACUUAGACUUAAGGAGCUUAAGUUUUUAAAAUUAUAUCAAUGGCAUCAGCUAUGAGAAGAAUUAUUAUUAUGAUACUUUUCAGAUUUUAUCAACUAGAAGAGAUGACUUAUAAGUUGACUCAUAGGUUCUGUUCUCUUUUGACUAUGUACUUAUAGGCUUCAUUUCAUUCUACAUAGCAUCAGUAACUUUGUAUAUCCCAUACUAUCAGGAGAGAUUCCUCCUGGUAAUCUCCAAUCUCUCACAGGACCUCAUGAGGUUUGUUAACGGCUUUUGGAGCUGGAAGGACCUUAGAGUUCAUCUAGUUAUACUUCUUUUUAUUAGACGUAAGGGAAUAAGAUCAAUGAGAAGGUAAAUUUCUGGCCAAAGUCACGCCACUGAUGGGUGAGGGGGCUGGAAAUAGAGGUCUAUACUCUAAAUCUCUUCACUCCCAAUAUGACACACUUCUACUACAACAUGCUAUUGCUUUAGGAAACUCAGGUCUAUUACUCAGUGUAUCAUUAGAACACAGAUCUUCUGCCUCUGAUUUUGGCAUAUUUCUUCUAAAUUCUUCUAUCAUUAAGGAAAAUAGAAGCCAUUCAUCCAUAUUUAGUAACCUAGUAGUGUCUCAUUUAGUUUAAGGUUAAGCUUCCAGGAAAUUCAAUCCUCCAGGUAUCAAUCCUUCAAUACCUAUUAAGCUGAUAACUGACACACAUUCCCUGAAUUUUAAUUCCAUCGAAAAUAUCUCUAGUUACUCACUGAGUGACUUGAAAAAAAACUUAAUAAUUUAAAUAAGAUUGUUUCUUCAGGUUUCUCAAGACAAUAGCAGAUAGAAGCAACAAAUAAAGAGGAUGCAAUAUGUAUUCUUCAAUGAAUAUCAAAGGAAGAGGUUACAAAACCAAAGCCAUAUUACAAUCUGGGACAUUGAGGGCAGUGUCAACAGCUCUACCCACUUUAUUAUCGCAAAGAGCCCCAGCGCAGACAGGUUAUUCCGUAACUUGAUGAGAAAAAUUCCAGGAAGUACAUGAUACAGCGAAAAAUGAUUUCCAUCAUAUGGCAAACUUUGUUAUCUAGAAGUGGAUAUAUGUAGAAAAUCUGUUCCCAGAUGAGUUUGGAUAAUUAAAGUUUUAUUCAUGAAAAUCGGUAAUAU